CUCAAAUUCAAAAUGGCGGACGCAGCAGACAGUAUUCGAGACAGAAAGCGUGCUCUGAAUGAAGAUGAUAGCCGACAGGAUGAUGAAGAUGAUGAAGUUAUCGGUCCUAUGCCUCCUCCUCCUCCUAAGCAAAAAAAGAAGAGAGGUAACGUUUAUUUUAAUUAAUUUUUGGUCCUUUGAUUCUACUGAAUACACAUCCACAACUGAUUCGCGCGCGCCGUCGUCGUGGCGUGACAAAAGCUAGAGUUGUCCAAGAUUCAAGUCGUGAAAGUGAAUACUCCAGUAAUGAGACCCAUAAGAGUAAUGUAAGUUGCUAGAAAUGGCUUUCUAAUUGCGCGAUACGGAUGCAAUGCGAGUGGAUGGUGAAUGUGGUUUAUUUCCUUUCAGUAAAAUUUAUUUACUUAAUAGCAGCGAGGUUCUGCGAUACACACAUUUCUAGUUAGGAAGUGUAUUGGAAGGGGUUUACCUCGGUGUAAGAACCUGUGAACGUUUUGGGUGUCUAGAAACGACGACCUAAAGAAUGAAGACCUACGUUCCCUAGUCUAGAAUGAUGACCUGAUAUAGAAAACAACAAACUAGAAAACGACAUCCUGGAAAACAACGACCAAGAAAAUGUUGACCUAGAAAAUGACGACCUUGAAAACAAUGACCUGGAAAGCGACGACGUAGAAAGUGUUGACCUAGAAGACGACGACCUAGAAAGUGAAGACCUAGAAUGCUCAGUUUUCUUUACAUUUUGCAUUUACUCUCGAUUACUAAAUUCUGACCAACACAUUUCAGGGCCUUUGACAAAAUCUGGAUCAGACAGGAUUGGUUCAAUUCCUGAACGCUAUCCUUAACCUUUUGUCAUUAAGUGAAAUACUGUUAGUUGAUUCUAUCAGACCAGAUCCGGGUUUUGUUCAGCGAUGGCUACACUUAAGUGAUGAAUCAAAUGUUAAUGGCUACAUCAGUAUUUGUGCAGAGAUUUACGUGUUGAUUAGCCUUGAAAACUUGCGUGGAAAACAUUUCACUACUGUGAUAAAAUACAAUUUUUUGCUGUUACAGCUGUAACUAUAGGGUUCAAAUUAACUUUUGAACUAGUGGGUUGCCCAUGGGACAACCAUUUUUCCAUGGCAGGGCAUCCAAGGUGAAAUCUAGGUGCCAAGUACAGUGUAAAACUAACUAAAGGUGGACUAAAAGCCAAAACUUGUAAUAGACAUUAUUUAUUAGAAAAUGCUUGUCACUCACUAAUACGUGACAUAGUGUAGUAUUUAAUUCAAGAGGUACAGAUAAUGUACAAUGCAGCUCAAAGAUAAGUGUCCAUGUUAACGUGCUUCAAACUAGUUUGCGAAAAAUUGGUUAACGCGAGUCCAUUUACUUAACAAGCUUGAAAAACGGCGUUAUAUCAGAACUGAUUAGUAUGCUUGAGCUAGCAUAUUGUUCCUGGUUUACUGUUGUUGCAAUAGCAGCAACAAAAGGCUUAACAGUGUCUACACGAUUCGGUGAAGACUGAAACAAGGUUUCAAUUCUAAACAUUAAUUGUUGCUUGACUUCACAAUACAUGUACGUAAUAGAACGAAUGAAGAACAAACACAGAAACUUACUGGGAUACUAAGUUUUGAGUAAUCUUUUAACUUCUCUCACGCCAGAGAAAGCUUUCUACUCGUCUAUAAAAUAACAAUUUAACUCUACUCAGCAUUUAAUUCUUGCGAGAAAUUCCUGAACUAUGUAAAUUCAAGAUAUAGGAGCAGUUGACAACUCUUUGGGAAAUUUGGAUUCUUUUGCACAGCUUAGCUAAUACUUUGCAUCGAAACAAUUAAAGUUGAUAAAAAAGCCAGCAGUUCACUAGUUAAACUAGAAAAAGCAAUCCAUGACCUUUUAUCUGUCAAAUCCAAAAUAAAAGGAAGUUUGCGUAAAUAAAUGUUAGUUUAAUAUAUGCUGGUGUGUAAACAAACAAAGCCCUCAUUGCUUUUGUUCUUGGCCUGUCUUCCAAAUUCUACUCGCCAAUUAAUUGUUUUUGACUGCCUGUUUGUGAAUGUCCAUCGGCAGUUGAAUUGCUGGUCAUCAGUGUCUACAUAUAUUCAAGGUGUUUUUUUCUGCUGGAAACUUUACUUGUAAUUUGACUGCAUGACCUGAAUUGCUGUUUUUGCCAUACGCAAUAGCAUCUCCAUUUGGUAUUUCACCGCUUUGCUUUUUGUGAGACGUGAAAUGUAGCAUAGAUAAAAGUUUUGAUUUAAAUAUAAAGGUAAAGCUUAAGAAAACUUAAGAAACCUCCAAGAGCUUUGAAAACAGUAUACAGUCUUGUGCAAUACAAUCUGCUUUUGAAACAUCACACAAUUUUUCAUCAUGGUAGUUGCGGUCACAUGCUAGGCAACUUAAAAGUUCAAAUAUUAAAUCAAAUAUUAUUACCAUUUAAGUCAUAUUUCUCCGCGUGACGCAGUGGUAACAAAUUGGUGCAGUAGGAGGUGCUGAGUUUGAUUUCAGGCAGUUCAAUUCAGGGCAGAUCUUAUUUUUCUUUUUCUCUUCUUUUCUUUCCUUUUUGUUUUUGUAGUUUUGUGUUGUUUCUUUAUGUAUCAUAUAUUUUAUAUUUUUAAAUUUUCUUUUCCCUUUUGCCUUAUUUCCUUUUCUUCUUGACUUCUUGUCAUUUUUAUCUACCCUCUAAAUGCUUUGCGAGGUUGUAGCUGUGAUAGCCUGGGACAAGGCUCCACAUUGGGAAAAAAGGAAAAGAUCAGCAAGCAAAGCAAAUUGAGAGGUAGUCUGGGGAGGGGAAAGGGUGUUGGAGGGUUAGGGUUAGGGUAAGGGUUUUCCACUGCACUUUUCCCCUCCCCAGGCCACCGCUGGGCUCCCUUCGAUCGUCGAUAUUUUUCGUAUUUAGCCUUGUUUUAUGCCUUUUUGCCCCCACUGCAGAUGAGCCUAGUCCCAGUCUAUAGCAGGCUGUGAACUCUCAUAAGUGCUGCACUCAAAUGUCAAAAGCUGCCAUCAGAAAUGAAGAAAUAUUUUGAAUGAAUGUAAUAAUAAUCAUAUAAUUAUAAUAUGUAAAUCAUUAAUGCAAAAUUGUACAACUUUGAACAAACUUAAUAUUAUUAUUUCAGUUUUAGAGUUUGAGAAAGUGUACCUGAACAACAUACCAUCAGCUGAGUCAUAUGAGAAGAGUUUCAUGCAUAGAGAUGUCAUUUCACACAUUUUGGUCACUGUGUAAGUUUACUAGAGAAAUCUGUGUAAUCUACAUGUAAGUGUUUAUUUGUUUAGGACUAUUGUGGCUGUCUUUGAGAUUUAUAUGUACAGUCAUGUAUGUGUAUGAGCUGUAUUUUGAGUUUACUAUACAUACAUUUAACACAAUUUGGUCAUUACAUGUCUGCAAGUUCACUAUUAUGUUUAUUAUCCUUGGGUCAGUUUAUUUAUUGCUUUUCUGAUUGUUGUUAUUAAGAACAGAACUUACUAGAGUAAUAACAAAAUCCACUAGUCCUGGGUUAUUAGACACUAUUUUUUGGCAGCCCCCCAAUAAUCUGUUAUAAACAACACCUUUACAAAAAGACCGAUAACAGUUUUUGGGGGGUCUAGGGGAAGGCUAUUUGCACCACUUCACAAAUGUUCUUUACUAGCCGGGUAAAUUUCGCCUGUGAUGAAGGCUAGAGACAACCCAGUAACUGUAAUUGUGUUUUGGUUUUUCUACAUGGUAGUUUGGCCAGGGUUCUUUGACAAGGCUUCUUGAUUGUCCAGACUUUUAAGGGGCCUGUUUCUCUAAAGUCCCAGUAAUAUUUUGGGCGUGAAGCAAAUUGAAAAAUUAAUGUUGUUAGAUUAUAAACUGAACUCAGCCAUGAGAUCAAGAUGGCAACUUCUCCUGGGCCCCCCCAAAAUCACAGGGAACCCAGACUAUGCAUAAUGCUACAAUUAUUUUUCCCUGUAGCCCCUUAACUGAAUAACAAAUACAUGUAUAGCAAAGACUAAGCUAAACAGUCCUAUAACAGAGAAAACUUAAUGUUUACUUAGCUUAUUAUUACAUGUAUGUUGUAUGUUACAGAACAGAGUUCCUUAUUACAGCAAGCUGUGAUGGUCAUAUAAAGUUUUGGAAAAAGCAAGAUGAAGGGAUUGAAUUUGUAAAGCAUUUCAAAGCUCACAUGGGUAAGAAUAAAUGAUCGAAUUUAUUUACUUCACUGUAUGUAACUACAAGGUAAAUCUAAGGUUGUAGUAUAAAAUUUUAGGGAUGUAACUAAGGCAUAUGGUGUGCGUUAUGGGAUGUGUGUUUCCUUCUUUUUUCCUUAUUACUUCGUGAUUACUCUUUUUCCCUUGUAGUAGUAUGUUUUGGCUAAUUUUGCAUUAAGUCCUCUCGUUUCCCCAUUUCCAUCUUUCCUCUUCUUUGCUUGUAAACUUUUACAAUUUUACAGUCCUCUCCUUCCCUAUUUCGGUCCUUUCAUUUUCUCUUUUAGUAGAAGAGUGUUCUGUUUUUUUUUCUUAGAAUCGUCUAAGGGAAUUACCAAAAAAAAAUUAUCCAUGCAAGGCUGCUGCCUAAGAAAAAUUUUAGGGAGCCCUUCGGGCUCCUAAAGUUUAAAGUUAGGAGCCCGAGCCACAUUGUUAGGAGCCCAGUUUGAAAUCCAUGUAUUGUUUUUCCAAGAUCAUUACAUAGGUUAUAGAGGUUCUUGCACACUUUAAUAAGAAUUCGCCGGGCCUAAUAAAUAACACGUAAACAAGAAUUAACCGAAUUAUUUACUUUCAUUUAUUAAUUUAUUCAAUUAACUUCCACAUCUGUUGUGUUCAAUGUGACCUAGAAGAGCCUUCAAAGAAUUUUCUAAAAUGUAACAAUUAAACUGCUUCUUACCUUUCUUAUACACAUUCAUGAGCCGGAAAAAUAUUUGAGGGGCUUAAUUUGCGUGUAAAAGGAAUUUUCACAAUUUUCACAAUAAAAGAAUAACAUAACAGUAGGUAAUUUCAACUCAGAAUUAUUUACUUGACUUUCACAUUUGUUCAGUAACAGUUGUGUUCCACAUGACAACUUAACUAGUCUUCCAAAAACUUUCUAAAGUAGACCAAUCCUCUCCUUGCCUUUUUUAUACAUGAACAGGAAAAACAGAACAGAACAUCAAGUGCCUUAUGUAAACCUUAGCCUGGAUGGAUCUCAUUAAAUGAAGUGCUAAACAUUUGAGGAAUCAUUUAAAUUGAAUAACAUUUUCCUAUCUGAUUCUGUGCUAUAAAAGAAUUUUAUGUCAAUGUAACUACAUUGUAAAUUCAAAAGAUCAUUUUUUUAAGAACCUUUGCCGAUUUUAGCGGGAAAGGGCGCUAAGCACGUGCAGCAAGGCAGAAAUACAACCAACACAAAGUUGAUCAUUACUUUAAUUUCUUUAUUCAAGGUAAAGACAUCACAUUACAAAUAUGAAAUAUCAUACUGCGUUCUCUGGCGUGUUGUUUUUUAAAGUCUCUUGAAAAUGCUGAUACGUUGCAAACUGGUACAUGAAAUCGAACAUCAAGCACGUCCAGUCGAUAGCACGCAAGAUAGCUUCCCAUUCUCGCCACAAAAAAGUUAUCAAAUCGACGAAAACCCAAGCAAACGAUGAACUGCACGAAUGUCAACAUAGGCAACAAACAGCCCAUAAUUUUGCUAUUCCAUAUUUGGAAGUCAAAUCUCAGACCCAGUCUUCAACUGCCAUCCGGACUCGGAAACGAUGGCUUCGUUCGUUUCGACAAAGCUUCACAGUUGAACACGUUAGGUUUACAUAAUUUACGGUUUAUUUGUGGAAAUUUUAUACUGCCUAAUCGCAUCAUCGCUAACCAUAUCAACAGUUCCACUGUUUAAAGUCCUACUCCAGCUAAAGGAAUAUAAUGUACAAGGAGGUUAAGUCUAAUGCCGUGUGUUAAGUCAGGCGCCCGCGCGGGCUCCUUGUACCGAAAUUUGGUCGCCCAUGCUCUUACCUUGGGCGCCUCUGGCGACCGGGCGCCCGUUAGGCAGCAGCCUUGCCAUGCACGGAAUUUAAAACCAUAACAACUAAGGAAGUAAAAACAGUGUCGGUAAUAUAACACAGAAAAUAAUAGCACCGCUGGCAAUAACGUAACAACGUAAUGACAAAUAACAAAGAAAUAAUGGCACCACCGGCAAUAGUGUAACAACGUUAUAACAAAUAAAGUAAUAUCAUGGCCAGUACGGUAAUAGUGUAACAACGUAAUAAAGAAAAAAUAGCACCGCCGCGGACUAUAGCGUAACAACAUAAUAACAAAGAAGAUGAUUAUACUGCCAUAAUAGCGCAACAAUGUAAUGACAAAUAAUAGUGUAACAACGUAAUAAAGAAAAAAUAGCACCGCCACGGACCAUAGCUUAACAAGGUAAUAACGAUGAUUAACCCACCGCGAACCAUAGUGUAACAAUGUAAUUACAAAGAAGAUGAUUAUACCACCGUAAUAGCAUAAAAACGUAAUAACAAAGAAGAUGAUUAUACUUAAUCACACUCAUGAAAAAGAAUUUGCAUUCUGUCAGGCAUUAGCACCAGACUAUUAUUGUUCCUGAAAAGCCCCAAUGGGAGGUUCAAUCAAGGAUGUAUGUUUGUCUACAGAAUGUAUGUUUGUAUACAUGACGCCAUGAUGUACUUCUUUGGCAGCCAUAUAUGAUGCAAACCACAGUCGAAGUUAAUUGUUCACGUAGUAUCAAGUCGAGUAACAAACUUAAUCGCUCUGCCGAACCGAAUUCAAUACUUUGAUUCAGACAUCGUGCUUCUGCCAUGCUUUUGUUGAACAGAAGCACCACGUAUGAACUGUGCCUAAAUCUUCAUAAAUCUUCAGCUCCCUGAUUGGUUACUUUCUGACAUCCGAUUGUACUGCUUUUGCCCUCGCUUUUAUGAUUGCCUUUCGAAGCGCAUCUGUGUGAAACGCUCAACCUAAAACCCUUAUUUAGCUGCAGUGAAGAACUUAAGGUUUCAAAAGAGGUCAAAGAAAAAAUGCUCUUGCAUCAGAGGGCAAAUCAUGCCGACCAGAAACAAUGACCGAGGAAAAUCAAUAUGCGUGUCAUAACCUCUCAGUUUGAAAUAAGCAGCAAAAAUCACAUUUGAUCAGUCAAAACGUUUUCCCCCGGAGCAUAAUCUACCCGUCAGAGAAAAAGAAAAAAAUUAUUGGAACAAGCAGCGUUUUGACGAGUUGUGUGUUGCCUACCGACCCCCUUUUUUACACUAUGAAUGUUUUUAACAUGUAGGCCCUGUUUUAUGUGGUGCAAAGCAAGACAAGUACUUACAAGAACAAAAAGCAGAGGAGAAAGUUUCACAUUAGGGCCAUUUAUACAAGGAAAAAUAAGAUGCGUCUUAAAUAAGACGUGAACUUUCUGUAUAAAUGGCACAUUUCGUCUAAAAUAAGACGCGGCUUAGCUAAGACGCGUCUUAUUGGAUAAGACAUGCUCGUAUAAAUGGUACAGUUCGUGUCUUAUUUAAGACGCGUCUUAUUUUUCCUCGUAUAGAUGGCCCUAUUGUGCUAAUAACAAGGAAAGUAUCCACUCCACUUUCAGAGGGAGUGUACGGAAUCUUUGUGCACACUUAUUUACUAAACUCCUCCAACUCUUUCACAAAAGAAAGUGCUAAAAUUUUCACAAAAUGCGUUCCAUUCUACGAGAUUUGGAUCUGUAAAUCACCAUCCGUAAGAAUUUAACAUCCUGCUUAAUAUUGUAACGAGCUGGGCCCAGCGUGACCAUACAUUGCAAGAAACUGUCACAUUCACGUCAAAAAUAAAAUCGUUUAUAAUAAUUAUUAUUAAAAAAAUCCAGGAGGCACUUAGGAGAAAUUAAGCAACCUAAAACCCUUAUCUUAUUUACAUUUUAAAAGAGGUCAAAGAAAAAAUGCUCUCGCCUCAGAGGGCAAAUCAUGCCGACCAGAAACAAUGACUGCGGAAAAUCAAUAUGUGUGUAAUGACCUCUCAGAUUGAAAUGAGCGGCAAAAAUCACAUUUGAUCAGUCAAAACAUUUUCCUCCAGAGCAUAAUCUAACAAGCAGCAUUUUGGCAUGAGGUAAAAGUCGUGUGUUGCCUACCAACCCCCUUUUUUACAACAUGGUGCAAUUUGGUGCAACUUGAUGCAGUCUGUUGGAACUUGGUGCAGUUUGGUGCAACUUAGUGCACUUUGGUGCAACUUGCAGCAGAUUGGUGCAACAUGCUGCAUUCUGGUGAAACUUGAUGAAGUCUGGUGCGGAUUGGUCCAAUGUGGUCCACUUUGGUGCAACUUUGUGCAAAUUGGUGCAACUUGGUGCACUUUGGUGCAACUCGGUGCAGACUGGUGCAACAUGGUGCAGUUUGGUGAAACUUGGUAAUUCUGGUGCAACUUGGUGCACAUUAGUUCAACUUAGAGCAAUUUGGUGCAACUUGGUGCAGACUGGUGUAACUUACUGCAGUUUGGUGCAACUUGGUGCAGUUUGGUGCAACUUGGGGCAGAUUAGGGCACCUUGGUGCAGUUUGGUACAACUUGGUGCAGAUUGGUGCAACUUGGUCCACUUUGGUGCAACUUUCUGCAGUUUGAUGCAACUUUGUGCAAAUUGGUGCAAUUUCGUGCAGAUUGGUGCAACAUGGUGGAGUUUCGUGAAACUUGGUGAUUCUGGUGCAACUUGGUGCACAUUAGUUCAACUUGGUGCAAUUUGGUGCAACUUGGUACAGUUUGGUGCAACUUGGUGCAGAUUGGUGAACUCGGUGCAACUUGGUGCAGAUUGGUGCAACUUGGUGCAGGCUGGCGUCACUUGGUGCAGAUUGGUGCAACUUGGUGGAGAUUGCUCCAACAUGGUGCAGUUUGGUGCAACUUGGUGCAGAUUGGUGCAACAUGGUGCAUUCUGGUACAACUUGGUGCAGAUUGGUGCAGUGUGGUCCACUUUAGUGCCACUUGGUGCAGAUUGAACUUGGCGGGGGUUUGUUGGAACUUGGUGCAGGUUGGUGCACUUUGGUGCAAAUUGGUGCAGAUUGGUGCAACAUGGUGCCAUUUCGUGAAACGGUGACUCUGGUGCAACUUGGUGCACAUUGGUUCAACUUGGUGAAAUCUGGUGCAGCUUUGUGCACUUUUGUGCAGCUUCGUGCAAAUUAGUGUAACUUGGUGCAGGUUGGUGCAACUUGGUGCAGACUGGUGCCGUACAGUGCAGUUUGGUGCAACUUGGUGCAGAUUGGUGAUACACGGUGCAGAUUGGUGCAGAUUGGUGCAACAUGGUGCAUGCACGAAGAUGCCCCAAACUGCACCAUGUUGCACCAAUCUGUACCAAGUUGCACCGUGUAUCACCAAUCUGCACCAAUCUUUGCCAAGUUGUAACAACCUGCACCAAAUUUCACCAAAGUGCACCAAGUUGCACCAACCUGUACCAAGUUGCCCCAAUCUUUGCCAAGUUCUACCAACCUGCACCAAAUUUCACCAAAGUGCACCAAGUUGCACCAAUCUGCACUAAGUUGCACCAAACGGCACCAAGUUGCACCAAACAAGCAACAUCGUGCAGGUUAGUACAGUUUGGUGCAACCUGGUGCCGUUUGGUGCAACUUAGUGCAGAUUGGUGCAACUUGGUGCACUCUGGUGAAAUUUGGUGCAGGUUGGUGUAACUUGGUACAGGUUGGUACAACUUGAUGCAACUUGGUGCAGAUUGGUGCAACAUGUUGCAGUUUGGUUCAACUUGGUGCAGAUUGGUGCAACAUGGUGCAGAUUGGUGUAACAUGGUGCAAAUUGGUGCACUUUGGUGCAACUUGGUGCAGAUUGAAGUUGGUUGGGUUUGGUGCAACUUGGUGCAGAUUGGUGGAAGUUGGUUCACUUUGGUGCAACUUGGUGCAACAUGGUGCAUUUUUGGGGCAACUUGGUGCAGAUUGGUGCAACAUGGUGCAGUUUGGUGCAACUUGGUGCAGUUUGGUGCAACUUGGUGGAAAUUAGUGCAACGUGGUCCAUUUUGGUGCAACUUGGUGCAGGUUGAAGUUGGUGGAGUUUUGUUCUACUUUGCGCAGAUUGGUGCAAGUUGGUGCACUUUGGUGCAACAUGGUGCAUUUUACUGCAACUUGGUUCAGAUUGGUGCAGCAUGGUGCAGUUUGGUGCAGCUUGGUGCAGUGUUGUGCAACUUGGUGCAGAAUGGUGCCACAUGAUGCAUUUUGGUGCAACUUGGUUUAGAUAGGUGCAACAUGGUGCAGUUUGGUGCAACUUGGUGCAGUCUUGCGGAACUUGUUGCAGAUUGGUGUAAUUUGGUGCACUUUGGUGGAACUUGGUGCAGAUUGGUGCCACACGGUGCAGGUUGGUGCAACUUGGUGCAGAUUGGUGCAACUUGUUCAACAUGGUGCAGUUUGGUGCAACUUGGUGAAGAUUGUUGCAACUUGUUUCAGUUUGGUGCAACGUAAUGCACUUUGUUGUAACUUGGUGCAGAUUGGUGCAACAUGGUACAGUUUUGUGCACCGUGGGGUAGACUGGUGUAACAUAGUGCAGAUUGGUGCAACUUGGUGCUUUAUAGUGCAAUUUGGUGGACUUUGGUGCAACUUGGUCCAGAUUGGUGCAACUUGGUGCAGAUUACUGCAACUUGGUGCAGCUUGGUGCAACUUGGUGCAGAUUGGUGCAACGUGGUGCAGUUUGGUGAAACUUGGUGAUUCUGGUGCAACUUGGUGCACAUUAGUUUAACUUGGUGCAAUUUGGUGCAUCUUGGUGCAGAUUGGUGUAACUUUGGUGCAGGUUGGACCAUCUUGGUGCAGUUUGCUGCAACUUGGUGCAGAUUGGUGCAACAUGGUACAGUUUUGUGCAACUUGGUGCAGAUUUGUGCAACUUGGUGCACUUUGGUGCAACCUGGUGCAGAUUGGUGCAGGUUGGUGCAGAUUGGUGCAACUGGUUGCAGUUGGCUGUAACUUGGUGCAGAUUGGUGCAACUUGGUGGAAUUUGGUGGACUUUGUCGCAACGUUUGUGCAGGUUGGCGUUGCUUGGUGCAAAUUGGUGCAAUUUGGUGGAGAUUGCUGGAACAUGGUGCAGUUUGGUUCAACUUCGUGCAGAUUGGUGCAACAUGGUGCAGUUUGGUGCAACUUGGUGCAGUUUGGUGCAACUUUGCGCAGAUUGGUGCAAUUUGGUGAAAUUGUUUGCAGUGUGGUGCAACUUGGUGCAGAUUGGUGUACCUUGGUGCAGUUGGGUGCAACGUGGUGCAGAUUGGCGCAACUUGGGCAAGUUUGGUUCAACUUUGUGCAGACUGGUGCAACUUGGUGCACUUUGGUGCAAUUUGGUGUACUUUGGUGUAACUUAGUGCAGACUGGUGCAACUUGGUGCAGAUUAGUGCAACUUGGUGCAGGUUGGUGGAACUUGGUGCAAGUUGGGGCAACUUGGUUCAACUUUGUGCGGACUGGUGCAACUUGGUGCACUUUGGUGCAAUUUGGUGCACUUUGGUGCAACUUAGUGCAGACUGGUGCAACUUGGUGCAGUUUGGUGCAACUUGGUGCAGAUUGGUGGAACUUGGUGCAGAUUGGUGCAACUUGGUGCAGAUUGGUACAACAGGGUGCAGUUUGGUGCAACUUGGUGGAGAUUGGUGCGGCAUGGUGCAGUUUGUUGCAACUUGGUCCAGAUUGGUGCAUUCCGGUGCAACUUGGUGCAGAUUGAACAAUACACUGUAGUGCGCCUACAUGUAUUGUAUGUAGUGUUACAGUUCUCAUGACUAUUUAAUAAUAUUGUGCAUAGCCCACUGAAACUGCAUAUCAGUAUCUGUACAUGUUAUAUUUUAUUUUGAAGUUUUGUUCGCUUUUAUGUUCAUCUUUGAAACUGAAAACAGGAUCAAGUUUGUCUCUCAUAACACAGGUCAGAUAAAUCAUCAAUCAGCUUCUUGUUAAUAAGCCAACCACUAGCUGAAUUGUGGAUGCUACAUGAAAAAAAACACACUCAAGUUUAGUUUACGGCACUACCUCUCUUGGUGACCCUUGUUAACAGCUAUACCUAAGCGACUGAUGAAGGAUCCAAUUUUUUGCUUGUGAAACCGGUCUUGCAGUCAUAGCUAAGCAGAGAGUUACAUUCUUCUUAGAACUUAACCAUGACACUUACAAUCUGGUACCAAAUAGAUCAGUGUCAUUUUGUGUACCCCGCGGAAAGCAGACUAUGCAGUCUUUGACUCAAACAAGCAUAUUCUGAACCAGCUACCACUAGCAGAUUAAUGGAAGGAAAGCUUUCCAUAGGACUUUUUAGUCCUAGUUCAUCAUCUUUCAAUGAAACCACAAUUGUAAGCAAGUUCUAUUCUAAGACAUUUUAUGCACUUUUCGAAGCUUUUCAAAGAUUUGCCACAAACUUGAAGGGAGUUUGCAUAUGAUCACCUUUGAUUACAGAACCACUCUCAACCUGUAGUCAAGCAUAUUCUGAUUACAGCGUAACUGAGCCAAUAAACUAAACAUUACUGAUCAUUUUCACUCCUUCUAAGCAGCAGAAGUUGAUCUAAAUCCUUCGAACAUACAAGCUGCCUUUAGCCUUUAUUAUAACCCUGGUGAGGUGCAGGGAGGCUAUCUUUGUCGACAAAAGUACUAUUGACUUUCCUAUUUUUCUCCUAUUUUUUAAUACAAAGUUUCCUAUUUUUCCAUUUUCUCAAUCUUGAGUUUCUUAUUUUCCUAUUUUUUUGAGCAACCAUGCCGCUGGACACCCUGAAAAAUUCCUUCGACUACAGAAAUAACCUCAAUUAAUUAGCCUACGUGGCAGGCGUUCGCAAGGGAAGGAAAGGGAAUUUCAGGCGCGUGAGAAGCACGAAGGGCACGCGAGGAAGCAGGCUACCACUUCAUUAAAACACUCAUUUUUGAGAGGUCAUAAUACCAUAACAUGUUCAGUUUUUUUCUUAAUCUUCUUCAACGCAAAAUCUGUUGGGGAGGAAAAUUUUCAAGUACUACUGGAAAGGGUUUUAUCAGGAAAAAAUGGUCUCCCCAAAAUCUACAAGAAAGAAAAGGAGCACCUCGGCUCGAGGGACCUCGAGGAGCUGCCAAAGUCAAUAUAUGUAGUUUGCUGUGGUUUCAGCUUACUGUAGAAAACAAGCUUUUCUCCUCCACAAAGAUAUUCGUUAAAGGAAGAUAUAAGUUUUAAAAAACACCUUGUUGAACAAAUCUGUCACUCUUGUUUAUUAACAUCUUAUCGGGAAUAAAGUGCGAUAGAAAUUGGUGAACUUUUCAUUAGAAAACCUUUCAGCUCAUUUUUCUUUCUUCUUACUUGAAGGAAAAUUAAUAUUUUACAGCAAUUUCCCCGUUUUUAGUUAGCUUUCAAUUACUUUACUUUACUUUGUUUUACAUCAACCUACAACACUAUCCCAUGAUAAAAAUGUUUCAGCUGACUUUGCUUGGUUGGAUUAACACGUAUAACACUCUAGUAAUCCCAGGUUCAGAUAACCAGCACGAACUUGUUAAUCUCUUUUUUAAAAGAGUCUUCGAACUCUUCCAGAAAAGAAAAUGCUUAAAUUUUCACGAAAUGCAUUUCAAAAAAACACACCUCUAGCGUGAAGCAGAAGAGGAUCGAAAUACACACUCCGUAAUUGGUUACAUUCAGUAGCCAACAGGAAAACAAGAAUUUCGAUCCGCCAUGUGGGUAUUAAUGUUCAAGUUCAAAGCUCACUAGACAGAUCGGCAGUACCGUUCUCGCCAUGCCAAAGUACAACUAAAGUUGCUCUUGUAAAAGCAACUAAGCACAAAGCCAACCCGGCAACUUAUGAGGUUCGAGUGGAGAACCGAAACCAUGGUCUUGCCUGAUCAAAAAGUGGCAAUAACAAAACUGUUUAAAGACUGUUAAGCUUAUUCAAAAGGUACUACCAAGGGAGAAACUACGUGCUCUAGUCAACAGAAUCACACUAUCUUUUAGAAAAACACUAAGCUGGAGUUUACUGAGUCACAAUUCAAUUCUCCAUAGUAAGUUGAUGUAGCUUCAGUUUAAGCUACACUUCAUUCUUAUAUUUUUGGAUCUGUAAAUCACUGUCCGUGAUAAUUUAACAUUCUGCAAAGAAAACUAACGAGCUGGGCCCAGCGUGAUACAGCAUUGCAGAAAAACAUUAUACUCACGGAUUAAAGAAAAUCGCUUAGUUAUGCAGAUCCAUAACGCACUUUGGAGAAAAUUGGAACCCUCAUUCAGCUGUAAUAAACAGCUUUACGCUUCAAAAGAGGUCAAAGAAAAUGCGCUUGCAUCCAGAGGGUAAAUCCUGCCGACCAGAAACAAUAACUACAGUAAAUCGAUAUGUGUGUCAUGACCUCUCAGUGUGAAACAUGCGGCUAAAAUCACAUUUGCUCAGUGAAAAUGUAUAACCUUCCAUAGCAUAAUCUACCCAGCAGAGAAAAAAAAAUUAUUGGAAUGACCAGCAUUUUGGCCAGAGGUAAAAGUUGUGCCUACCACCCCCUUUUAUUUCCAGGAUAACUAAGCAUCCUCACUGUGGUCAUAAGUGACCUCAAUGACUGCUAAGUACCGAUCGAUCAAUAGCAGAUGAUGAUAUCACCACUUGUAACUUUGCCUUGAAGUGUUUAAAACCGAAGUUACUACGUGUUACAGUCUUAUUACGUUAUUACGCUAUUACGGCAAGGUACUUUCUCCUUUCUUAUUAUGUUAUUACGCUAUUACGGCAAGGCCAAUACUUUCUCCUUCUUUCUUACUACGUUAUUAUGGAAUUACAGCAAGGUACUUCACUCUUCUUUUUUAUUGGCAUCAAAGCUACUGUAAAAGCAAGUGUUUUAUCCUUACUACGCUAUUACAGAAAAGUGCUUUACUCUUCUUUUUUAUUGGCAUCAAAGCUACCGUAAAAGCAAGUGUUUCAUCCUUUUAAGUUGUUACACUAUUACGGCAAGGUACUCCACUCUUCUUAUUGGCAUCAAAGCUAUUGUAAACACAAGUGUUUCUUUCGUAUCACAUUAUUGCGCUAUUACGGCAAGGUACUUCACCCUUCUUUCUUAUUGGCAUCAAAGCUACUGUAAAAGCAAGUGUUUUAUCCUUACUACGCUAUUAUGGAAAGGUACUUUACUCUUCUUUCUUAUUGGCAUCAAAGCUACUGUAAAAGCAAGUGUUUCAUCCUUUUUACGUUGUUACACUAUUACGGCAAGGUACUCCACUCUUCUUAUUGGCAACAAAGCUACUGUAAACGCAAGUGUUUCUUUCGUAUUACAUUAUGACGCUAUUACGGCAAGGUACUUCACCCUUCUUUCUUAUUGGCAUCAAAGCUACAGUAAAAGCAAGUGUUUCAUUCUUAAUACGUUGUUAUGCUAUUACGGCAAGGUACUCCACUCUUCUUAUUGGCAUCAAAGCAACUGUAAACACAAGUGUUUCAUUCUUAUUACGUUAUCACGCUAUUACGGCAAGGUUCUUCCCUCUUCUUUCUUCUUAGCAUCAAAGCUACUGUAAAAAGCAAGUGUUUCAUUCUUAUUACGUUGUUACGCUAUUACGGCAAGGUACUCCACUCUUCUUUGUUAUUAGCAUCAAAGCAACUGUAAACACAAGUGUUUCAUUCUUAUUACGUUAUCACGCUAUUACGGCAAGGUUCUUCCCUCUUCUUUCUUCUUAGCAUCAAAGCUACUGUAAAAAGCAAGUGUUUCAUUCUUAUUACGUUGUUACGCUAUUACGGCAAGGUACUCCACUCUUCUUUGUUAUUAGCAUCAAAGCUACUAUCAGAGAGUAAUUGAGCCGGCUGUAUCAACCCCCACUAAAAAACCCUUAAAGACGUCUUUCUAACCAGCGUAAACAAGAGGUAAUGGUCUUGUGCAGUAAUCACUUUGUUAUUACACUAUUCAAGCGUAAAAAGAAAAAAACAAGAAAUGGCUAUCAUAUUCAUCAUAUUCUGGGCAUGGUAUAAACUAAGGAAAAGCUUAUAAGCAAGGUUUUGUAUUAGUCAAGCUGGCCUUUUUACUCAAUUCAGGGCUCCUAUAAUGCACCCUGAAAACCCCCGAGUCUGUGUAUAUUUGAAACUGGUAUUUGGCCUAAAACCUCUGAUUUUUUUACGAAUGUCUAAACUACAGUAUCAACACUUUAAAAUGUACCACUAAGUCUCAAAGUAUUGAUUGCAAAGGCAGGCAAAAUCAAUGUUUCAGCAAUAGGUAGGACACUGAUUUAUUCACCCCCAGUGCUUUCUUGUCACAAUCAUGUGCUACAAGCCAUGGGCUUUGCAUGUCUUUGCAUGUUAUGUCCUUGAAAAUGUCUUGAGAUUUUUGCCUGAAAUAGUGUGCAAGCCCUGUCAACUGCACCUUCAAAUUAAAUUACCCCCAUGUUUUUGUUUCUGGAGAAAUUUGAGCGAAAAAGUUGUUUCUAAAUAAGAUUUGAAGUACAUUAAACUGCUGACUUAUUCAGCAUCACACAUUCAUUUGCCUGCUCUCAGAUGAGUUGAGUUGCUCAAAUGGAUGGAGUAUUGCAUCCAAUUACCACAAAGGUGUAAAGUUUUCUUCAAUAGGUUACUAGGUUGUUUAUUUAACGGCGGGACCUCAUCCACUUUCAUAGUAUGCUCAAGGGAACUCCAAAUCAUUUGUUUGUACAUUUAUUAUUUCACUCAAUGCAAAGUGCUACGCAUAACGAUUUUGCACUUGCUUUCUGAUUCUUUAUACAUUGUACCGGGGUACAUUCUGUAUUUUCAAAGCAUUCGUAUCUGGAUGAUGCUAAUUUAUGUAAUUAUGUUUUACAUUACAGGGGUCAUAAACUGUAUUUCAGCAAGUUCUGAUGGACAGGUCAUGUGCUCCACUGCUGAAGAUAAAUCACUUAAAGUCUUUGAUGUUGUCAAUUUUGGUACGUUGACCAUGUUUCUUCCAUCAGCUACUAACAUUAUCUCACUAGCAGGCACCACUUGUUCAAAAGGUGGAUAGUGCUGGUUAACAUCUGCAUUGCUAAAUGGAGGUUGGGUGCCUGGAAUAUCCAGGGGCUUCCACUUUUGGCAGCCAGCCCCUAACUACAGAGCAACCCAGCUAUGCAUCCCCACACAAAAAAAAAAACAAAACCAGGCAUGUGACACACUGAAAAAAGAUAUCAACGGUGGAAAGCUCAACAAGAAGGGAAGUGAAACGGGCUGAAAGAAGCUUCAUGGCAAGAAAAAUGCAGCACAUGGGAAACCCCAUGUGCCACUAAAUCACAUGAAGGAUGCAGCAAACUUGCGUGUAUACCCAUACUGGCCAUCCACAAACAACAUGCACUGAAGAAGCUCCUUGUUUUAAAUCCUUUAAAUUGCUUUUAACAACAGCAUCUUUAGUGGGGGGUGGGUGCCUACAGCACAGUCCAACUAGGAGCCCCCACACCAUGCCAGAGGGACCUCUGAACCAUCAUGCUUAGGCUUGGAGAAGUAAGCCUUAACAGGUAGGUGGAUCGAAGGGAGAGAGAUGGAGUUGACCGUAAACUCCUCUGCCCUAAGAAAGCCAAAGAAACCCAGGCAACAGGCAGCCCAAAGCAUGAUGUGCUCUGAGUUAUGAUAAUCCAUGGAAGAGUGAAUAAUACAUGCGUGCAAUCAGCCGUCACCACUUGGUGCUGGAUAUGCGUUGAGCCUUGGUGGAGCUUAAUGCCACAAAGAAGAUGCUGGAGUUUGAGGUAGUUCACCGGGGAAACCACAAUCAAUCUGCAAGGACUGUAUCAAAAAAGAUAACCCUUUAUAGAAAAGUCAGCCAAGUCAGAGUAAAAAAUCAAUGUAACAAAGUUUGCUCUUUAGUAGGCAAUAAGGAUCCAUUUGGAUUGACAUAGUCAUCUAUGGUACAGAAGUUGAUGAACUUGAGUUGAAUGAGCCAAACCAUUCACCAGAUAACAUUGGCUUUUUGGGUUAAACUACAGGUAGCCGGGCCAAAAGCAAAGGAGGCACAGGGGUGUUGCUUUUGGAAAGGCGGCUGAAAUUUGCAACUAGAAAGGGUAUCAGCUAUGGAAUUCACCUUCUGAGGGUAAGAUUUUAUGGGUAGUUUCACGUGGCUUUUGAUGAACUUUGUUGUAAACAAACGCCGAAAGUUUGGACAUCCGUUCUCCUCCACAUACAGUAUUGUAAUUGUAUGAACUGUGAGUCGCUAUUUCAAGUUUGUGUUAAUAUCUAUAUUUUCGUUCCCUUUCACUGUUUGAAACUCGAAUAGUUUAAGGUUCAAAAAUGUCUAAGCAGAAGAAUAAGAGUGAUUUUUAUACCAUGAGUAUGGCAGAACUACAGGAACGAGGAGUAUUCUCCCCUCAGCAGCUGAAAUGGUUUUAACAUUAGAGCUAAACUUGGACAGAGAGAGAACUGGAAACCGGUGAUGUAGGCAAAUUUCAUAAUACGUACAUAAUUCACAUUUCAAAAUUCAUGAUCACAUGCUAUUUAUUUCCAAUCCAUUUUCGCCAUAAAGACCGUGAACAAAGGCAAUCAAGGACUCAAUACUUGUUUGCUAAGUUGAAUCAAGAGACUGCUCACGUACCUGUAGCAAAAAACGCAGGCCUCUGUGAACAUUAGGGCCAUUUAUACGGGGAAAAAAAUAUGCGUCUUAAAUAAGACGCGAACUGUACCAUUUAUACGAGCAUGUCUUAUAUAAUAAGACGCAUCUUAGCUAAGCCGCGUCUUAUUUCAGACGAAAUGUGCCGUUUAUACGGAAAGUUCGCGUCUUAUGUAAGACGCAUCUUAUUUUUCCUCGUAUAAAUGGCCCUAUUUACUGGCUUUACAAAUAUACGUGUAGAGACGAACAGAGGCAGUGUACUUCAGGCAAGAUUUAUUUAAGUGUAGAAAAUGUAAGCACGUUGCAGUAUCAUGAAUUGUAAGUGUGUUGGCAUCAUUAGUUUUAUUUUUCGAAGUCAAGCAAGUAAAAGCCAAUCUGUCCUAAUGGCCAAAAAAAUCACCAAUCCGCAAAAAUAAACUGCCGCAAAAAUUUUGUGCCACAUGGUAAAUCCAAAUUCAUCUCAGACCAGUCAGUUAGGUCAGAUGCCAUGAAGUCCAUCCUAAAUGCAGAGUCAAUUCAGCCAAGCUGGUCCAGGAACCUAACAAGCCAUCUGUAGAAUAAGCAACUUAUACUAAGUUGUAUCCCACCAGCAAGAAUGGUAUGUACUUCAGAAUAUCCACUGGCAGAUAGUAAAAGCCUGAAUCCAAACCAAAAUACAACUGAUUUCUAGCGCCCUUUUCUUGACUGUGGCAACAAGUGAAUUUGUCUUCCAAGUAAGCCUGGAGCCUGAAUUUCUUACACAUUUUAACACUGCCAGGAGGUCAGCUAAAUCCACAAAAACACUACUGUUUAUUUUGAUAACCAGUUUACUGGUAUUGGUGCAUAACCGGGGCGUACUACGAAGGCUUUGCCAACUGAGGAUGCAGAGGUUUAGUUGCUGGUAGAUGGCAAUGAAGGAAAGACAAACAAAGAUGGUGGACACAGGGCCAAGAUGGGCAACUGUGGAGCAGGGGAGUCUACGAAGUCGCCCAUAGUAGUAUUUGAGGAGUGGAAAGAAGCGGCAAUCACGUUACCUGCGGCACCGGACAAGCUUAAAGCAGUCGAAGUCACCUUUAAAUUGCAUUUACACUGUUAAUGCAUAAAGUGCAACUGGUUUCCCCAAUACUUAUCCACUGGACUGUGUUUAAACCACCUUUUGAACAACCAUGGCUUCAUCUGUUAAAGUUUGUGGUGCAUGGGAAAGGAUAAUGUUAUCAUAAAGUUGUUAGUACAUAAGCUAAACUAUCUACACCAUUUACACAUGGUGUGGCUGUGAUCUUCGAGGCAACUUUAUUGGUAAUGCCAAUGGUAUUUUGCCCCAGAUGGAGUGAGAGACCGGGAGCGCUGAGACCCUUUGUAGGCUCAAAAGGGGCAGUUGGUCAGUGGGUGUUGACCAUCGCAUUGUUCACAUACAUGACGAUACUGAUACUGACCCAGACACCAGCGUCAGGUGCCAUCAUUCUAGGAUCGGCAGUGCUGAUUGGGGUCGAAGGAACUCUUAGGCAGGGUGGUUGAUGAUGCUGAGGUAGGUGGCAGAGGAGCCAGGUGAGGUGCUGAUUGACCAGCAACGGUGCCAGGAGUGCAGGUGUGGAAAUUGUAUAGGUAAAUACGGCUUCAUCUUACACCAAUGGGCUAGACCUGGAGAGGCUGAUGCAUCCUUCCUGAAUGUGGUGUCAUAAUUCAACCCUGCCGGACCAGGAAAAUGACAAGCUGUCAGGAGGAUCAGUAUCUUAUACCGAGUUGUAUCCUGUCAUCAAG